CAACUCGAUUCAGUGAAGAAUAAAACCCCACCAUCGCCGCAACUUUAACCCCUUUGUAGAUUAAAUAUAAAAAUUCAGUUAUAGAGUGAUAUAUUUUUCUACGAAAUUGUUACUUCACUCGUUGAAUUUUUUUUACGGCUGAAUCGAGGGGUUUGUGAUAUUUAGGGAUAAGAGGAAGAGUGAGUGAUGAAAUAGAGGACUGUCUGUGGAUAACGUGGAGUGCUUGGACGUGCAUGAAAUUGGAUCGAUAUCUUUGGGCUUUUUCAUGUGUUCUGUAUGGGAUUGGUAGAUCCUGACUUUACCGAUGGGUAAAACUGAUAUGUCAAAGACAAUUAACGCUUACAGGAUCAAGAAAAUCGAACACAUUGGUAGAAUGACGGCCAUGACGCAGGAGGAGAUUGUGGCCGGGGCUCGCACAGUGGCCCAGGGUCUUGAAGCACUUCGUGUAGAGCACACAGGGCUUCUCCAGGGCCUGCAGUCCCAGGAAGCUCCAGAAGCUAGGGACAAAGUUAGUUUACUGUGUAAAAACAUUGAGAUGAUCGAGCUGGGGCUUGGUGAAGCACACGUCAUGAUGGCGCUCGCUAAUCAGCUGCAGAUGGUUGAGGCUGAGAAGCAAAAGCUCAGGACACAGGUCAGGAGGCUCUGUCAGGAGAAUGCCUGGUUGAGGGAUGAACUCGCUGGAACACAGCAGAAGCUCCAAGCUAGUGAACAAGCUGUGGCCCAAUUGGAGGAGGACAAGCAACACCUAGACUUUAUGAAUGAAAUGCGUCAGUACGAUCCGGAUCCUCCAGCUGAUGAUGAGAAUGCUAAAGAUAGGCCGAAAGAUGAUCCUGUUGUUGACCUCUUCCCCGAUGACGAGGCCGACGAUCGAAAUAGUAAGUCAAUGUCUCCAACGCCACCCUCUCAAUUCGCACAGCAGGUCAACGCAGGUUACGAGAUUCCCGCUCGUUUGAGAACUCUUCACAAUCUCGUUAUUCAGUAUGCAAGUCAAGGACGUUAUGAGGUAGCUGUUCCUCUUUGCAAACAAGCACUCGAAGAUCUCGAGAAGACGUCGGGUCAUGAUCAUCCGGAUGUUGCCACCAUGCUCAACAUUUUAGCACUCGUUUAUCGUGACCAAAAUAAAUACAAAGAAGCUGCCAAUCUGUUGAACGAUGCUCUCGCUAUUCGUGAAAAAACACUUGGGGAGAAUCACCCAGCGGUUGCGGCAACGUUGAACAAUCUCGCUGUGCUUUAUGGGAAACGAGGAAAGUAUAAGGAAGCUGAGCCUCUUUGUAAAAGAGCUCUUGAAAUCCGAGAGAAGGUGCUCGGCAAGGAUCAUCCUGAUGUUGCUAAGCAAUUGAAUAAUUUGGCAUUGUUGUGCCAGAAUCAGGGAAAAUAUGAAGAGGUGCAGAAAUAUUAUCAGAGGGCUUUGGAAAUUUAUGAAGCUAAGCUCGGACCCGACGAUCCAAAUGUCGCCAAGACCAAAAAUAAUCUCGCCUCGUGUUAUCUCAAACAGGGAAAAUAUAAGGAUGCUGAAGUUCUUUAUAAACAGGUUCUCACAAGGGCACAUGAAAGAGAGUUCGGGGCUAUCGACGGAGACAACAAACCCAUCUGGCAGGUUGCUGAAGAACGGGAAGCAAACAAGCACAGAAACAAAGAGAAUGCUCCUUAUGGGGAAUACGGGGGAUGGCACAAAGCUGCUAAAGUCGAUUCUCCAACCGUUACCACCACCCUGAAGAAUCUCGGGGCCCUUUACAGAAGACAGGGCAAGUACGAGGCUGCUGAAACACUUGAAGACUGUGCGUUGAGAUCACGAACAGAGCACUUCCAGGCACUGGAUCUUGUAAAACAGGCAAAAGUCGCACAAAUCCUUGGUGAUGAGAAAGGCACAACCAGGCGUGGUUCACGAUCAAGUCUGGCAAAUAGUGAGCACGAGCAGCAUGACGAGGGAUCCAUUCCGUUGGUACAGAGGACACUACAUGAUGGACAAUCCAGCCACAAUGAAGCUAGUCCCAACAAACCCGGUUUGAAAAAUAAAUUCUUCCACGUACUCGGUAUUCACUCGUCAACGUAGGAUCGUUAGGUUUUAUUCAAGUUAUUUUUUAAUCUCGUUAUUAUUAAUCAUAACUUUAUGAAAGUAUUUUAUACAAUUUUCUAUGCUUUGGACUGACAAAAAUAGGCAAUUUUCUCGACGAAGCUGGUGAUUUGGUCAAAUUUUUCAUUAAUAAGUUGGAGGGACAAUGGUGCUAUCCAAAUUGAUCUGACUUUUGCAGACUCUAAUUGCCUUGCGAAUGAAUAUUCUCCAAGCAGGUGCUUAUUAGCCAAGCAUUUAAGAGAGAAUCAUUCAGAUGGGCGUUGUUAAUGUUAGAAAGGAGAAGAAUGUGAAUAUUAGAUUCUAAUUUUUUUUUUUUUUUUUCGAGUAGUGUUGGGAAGAAAUCCGCAUAUUUGGCUAAGCACUACGAUUCACGAAUUCUUCCUUCGAAUUUGAUAAACAGCCUAAAAAAAUUGUUACCGGAAAAAUUGCAAUUUACGCAGGCAGAUGUACAUGUUUCUUUGCUCUGCGAUCGCUCUAAAAGUUGUUCGAAUAAUCUGAUAUUGGUUCCACUUCAUUAUUCAGGGGAAAUUUUAUUUAUCAUUGUGAUUGCAUUUUAGCAUUAAAGAUCACUUCCAUUAUAUCCACGGGGUUCACCAUGUUAUUUUAGAAUUAUUAGCUCCCUAAAUUGAAGUGGAAUACAAUUGCUGAAAUUUCCUUUUUUUUUUAUCGUCAAAGUGACUUCCAAAAAUAAUACACUUGAGAUUACGUAGUGCCUUGAUACUUUAAUGGAAAAAUAUUAUACAUGAAAAAUAAAUUAUUUUACAAUAAAAGAAAAGAAAGCAUAAAUGACUCAUGAAAUUAACACAAUGGUAAUAAUGGUACACAACUCGCUCUAUCUGAGAAAAUCCACAAACAUUUUUUAAAAAUCAUAAUUUCACACUUUCUGUAUUUGUGCGUUGUCGUAUUUUUUUUUCUUUCUUUUUGUUCGCUUUGAUUAUGAGUAUACCGCGGCCCGGGGGCUUUAGGGUGAUAAGGAGGAAUCCCAGAGAAGGAACAGCAAGUCCACUCAAUGACUGGGGGUCACCCAAUUCAUGGAAAUCGCAAUAAAAGUUCGAACUUAUCAGGCUCUAAAGAUUCCAUUUCGUGCGCAGUAAAUUGCAGUGAGCGUCAGUCGAAGGAAUAAAAUGGCUAUGAGAAAAAUAUUUCAUUAAUGUUUAGUGAGAUUGCCAGCAGGAGAAUUGGAAAAGUUUUGUGGGCGCCUGGAUUUUUUUAUAUUCAAAGACAGAGAAAAAAAAAUAGCUUCGAUGCCUGGAACUGUUAAUUUACGGUAAAUAAACAUUCCAGCCUCCGCUUUCAACGAAAAUUAUUCAGAAAAUGUUAAUGCAUUGGAUCCAUCCGCAUCGAGAUAUUCCCGGCUUUGUGAAACAUCCUGAGACUAGGAAUAGGCCAGUUGAUCAACUCUGACUGAUUGAAUUCAUUGAAUCAAAAACAAUUUAUCGCACGUAACUAUUCAAUUCAUCUAAUCAUGUCAAACCCACGAUUGUGAAUUGAACUAGCGGAUGAAGUUCAUCGAUUCGGCCGAAAUAAUAAUCAGUUCAUAUCAUCCGAACUAUUUUAUUACUAGAAUUAUUGAUAAUUUUCAAUACUAUUUAAUUAAUUAUUAAUAAUUUAUUUACCGUGAAAAGUAACAAUGGAGGAAGACGAAUAGCAGAAAGGAAGAGAAAACGUCUCGAAAUGAGGUAUUAAAUCGUGAAAAUCUGAAAUUCACAUUAUGAAUUUUUGACCUCACACGUGAUUUAUAACUGAUUAAUUCUUAUUUUAUCAAUUAAUUAUUUGGCAAUUGUUUCUUAAAAUAAAUGUAUCCUUUUUGGAUUAACGUGUUGGUUUCCGAUAAUCUCAGAAGCUACACGUUGAACUGCGUACAUAAGUGCAAAUACAAACAAGAAAAAAUUUUCUGUCUUUUCGACAUAAAGACAUGAAAGUUUUGGCAUGAAUUUGAAUUUUUUUAUAUUAUCUUCAAUACUUUGAAUCGUAGUCUCAGUCGACAGUGCAAUGUAAAGAUGAGAAUCACAAAGGAAAUAUAUUUUAUGGAAAGGUGAUAAUGGCCGGUGGCUUAUAUAAACCCUUUCAGUUUGUAUUUAUAUUGACAUUUUUAUGUCUUUUUUAACGUGUGGAACGAACGAAAAAAAAAAUUGUCACAUUUCCACAAAAAAAAAAUUAAAACCCCUUUUUUUAGUUUCACUUGAUUACACUUUUGUCACUGAAAACUCAAAGGUCGACGUAUUGACAUUUGGACAUUCAUAUAAACAUGUAUUGCAAGCGCCCCUGAGCGCUUGAAGGCCUAUCGUACAGCAUUCAUCAUUUUUCCGGAAUAAAUCAACCUAAAGCAAUGAAUUUCAUUAACAAUCCACGGAUUAUGUAUCGCAGGAGAAUAAAAUGCUUUACCGUCCUAUUAGUUCAACACACGCAAGUAAUGUCAGCAGUUUUUCCUAUUUUUCAAUCAAGUAUAGUAUGUUAUAAAGGAUUUACCAACUCUUAAUGAAUAACAUAUGCAAAAUUCAUUGCUGAAUACAUUUUCGUGCAUCACGAAUAUGCAACUAUUAAUCGA